GCAUCGUGUCUGUGUGGCUCAGCUCCGUGUCUGCUGUCAGGAUGCUGUCCCUCCACCUACAACUCCACUGUGUCCCGGCUGGCCUUCUCCUUCCUGCUACUGCUGGGGUCUCUGGUCUCUGUCAUCAUGAUCCUACCUGGCAUGGAGACUCAGCUCAAGAAGGUAACACCACAUAACACAACCCUGGUCUUAGUUGCUUGAUGAGGAGCCUUGCCUGAGACCUACACAUUUGUGUUAGCUCCCUGAACUAAUGCUAAGGGUUUAGCUCAGCGGGCUAACACAGACUUAGCUUGCAGGAGACCCUGGUUCGAACCCAGUUGGUCACACAAGCUGGUGUAGACUGCCCUGUGGUUGACAACGUUUUGACCUGUGUCAUGUACAUUGUUGGUUCUAUUUUUACUAUGUUUCUUCACUGAUCUAUCAGAUACCAGGGUUCUGUGUGGGCGGAACCUCCAUACCCAUACCAGGCAUCGAAAACAAGAUGAACUGUGAUGUCAUCGUGGGCUAUAAGUCUGUGUACCGCAUGUGCUUUGCCAUGGCCUGCUUCUUUUUUCUCUUCUCCAUCAUCAUGAUCCGCGUUCGCAGCAGCAAGGACCCCCGAGCCUCACUACAGAAUGGGUAUGUAGCGGCUUUUAUAGGAGUGGAUAGUGAUGUUCGGGAAUACAACGUUGCCCUCUGCUGGCCAGACCAAGGCAGUGCAGCAUCCCCCACACCCUUAUUUGUUUACAUACCAGCUGAAAAUAUUAGGGCCGGGAGGAUACCAGGAUCGCAAUACUCUUUGUAUCAUGGCAAGGAAACAAAACACGAAGCGGAUUUAACUUCUUUAGGAAAAAAGCACUAAUGUUGGAAACAAACAUCAUUAUGGUGUCAUCCAGAGUCACAUUUAUUGAUAUUCUAAUCUAUAGCACACAAUGUUUUACAUACAGCAGGUUAAGGGAGCAAAUAGGUUGGGGUCUGCUUCAUUUUUUAAUUUUUUUGCCAUGGAAAAAAUAUUGCAAUACUGCCCUAUAAAAUAUUACCGGUUUUUAUUAUUUUAAUUUUUAUGGUGCACACACGCACAGACACAACUUGUUUUUGUAUGAUGUUAUGUAUUGAAUGAAUGCCUGUGGCUUUGUCCACACAGAUUCUGGUUCUUCAAGUUCCUUAUACUGGUGGGGAUAACUGUAGGAGCCUUCUUCAUUCCAGACGGGACAUUCAACACAGGUAUGCACUAUUAUAUUACUACAAUGUUAAAUAUUUUCCUCUAAACACCAAUAACCAGUGGCAAUUUUACAAAAAAUAUUGGUGGGGAAAACGCAAUCACAAAGGUCAUACAGUGCGGAAAAAAAGUAUUUAGUCAGCCACCAAUUGUGCAAGUUCUCCCACUUAAAAAGAUGAGAGGCCUGUAAUUUUCAUCAUAGGUACACGUCAACUAUGACAGACAAAAUGAGAAAAAAAAUCCAGAAAAUCACAUUGUAGGAUUUUUAAUGAAUUUAUUUGCAAAUUAUGGUGGAACAUAAGUAUUUGGUCAAUAACAAACGUUUCUCAAUACUUUGUUAUAUACCCUUUGUUGGCAAUGACACAGGUCAAACGUUUUCUGUAAGUCUUCACAAGGUUUUCACACACUGUUGCUGGUAUUUUGGCCCAUUCCUCCAUGCAGAUCUCCUCUAGAGCAGUGAUGUUUUGGGGCUGUCGCUGGGCAACACGGACUUUCAACUCCCUCCAAAGAUUUUCUAUGGGGUUGAGAUCUGGAGACUGGCUAGGCCGCUCCAGGACCUUGAAAUGCUUCUUACGAAGCCACUCCUUCGUUGCCCGGGCGGUGUGUUUGGGAUCAUUGUCAUGCUGAAAAACCCAGCCACGUUUCAUCUUCAAUGCCCUUGCUGAUGGAAGGAGGUUUUCACUCAAAAUCUCACGAUACAUGGCCCCAUUCAUUCUUUCCUUUACACGGAUCAGUCGUCCUGGUCCCUUUGCAGAAAAACAGCCCCAAAGCAUGAUGUUUCCACCCCCAUGCUUCACAGUAGGUAUGGGGUUCUUUGGAUGCAACUCAGCAUUCUUUGUCCUCCAAACAUGACGAGUUGAGUUUUUACCAAAAAGUUCUAUUUUGGUUUCAUCUGACCAUAUGACAUUCUCCCAAUCCUCUUCUGGAUCAUCCAAAUGCACUCUAGCAAACUUCAGACGGGCCUGGACAUGUACUGGCUUAAGCAGGGGGACACGUCUGGCACUGCAGGAUUUGAGUCCCUGGUGGCGUAGUGUGUUACUGAUGGUAGGCUUUGUUACUUUGGUCCCAGCUCUCUGCAGGUCAUUCACUAGGUCCCCCCGUGUGGUUCUGGGAUUUUUGCUCACCGUUCUUGUGAUCAUUUUGACCCCACGGGGUGAGAUCUUGCGUGGAGCCCCAGAUCGAGGGAGAUUAUCAGUGGUCUUGUAUGUCUUCCAUUUCCUAAUAAUUGCUCCCACAGUUGAUUUCUUCAAACCAAGCUGCUUACCUAUUGCAGAUUCAGUCUUCCCAGCCUGGUGCAGGUCUACAAUUUUGUUUCUUGUGUCCUUUGACAGCUCUUUGGUCUUGGCCAUAGUGGAGUUUGGAGUGUGACUGUUUGAGGUUGUGGACAGGUGUCUUAUAUACUGAUAACAAGUUCAAACAGGUGCCAUUAAUACACGUAACGAGUGGAGGACAGAGGAGCCUCUUAAAGAAGUUACAGGUCUGUGAGAGCCAGAAAUCUUGCUUGUUUGUAGGUGACCAAAUACUUAUUUUCCACCAUAAUUUGCAAAUAAAUUCAUUAAAAAUUCUACAAUGUGAUUUUCUGGAAAAUAAUUUCUCAAUUAUUUGUCUGUCAUAGUUUACGUGUACCUAUGAUGAAAAUUACAGGCCUCUCAUCUUUUUAAGUGGGAGAACUUGCACAAUUGGUGGCUGACUAAAUACUUUCCCCCCCCCACUGUAUGCAUCAAAACUGCUACACAUUGAAUGCACUAAUCACCAAUCCCAGAAAUUAGUUUUGAGCCACACACACAAACGUUAUAACAUUUGGGUUAUGAACAGUUAAUGGCUACUUCCCAUAUCUUUAGCUCAUAUUGCAUGGAAGACCACGUUAGUCGAGCAUACUUUUAUAGAGUAAACUAGCUAGUAAUCGGUCUGCAUUAUUGCAACACUGCGUGCGUCUGCCUGCCUGUUACAAAUGGGCCCGGUUAACAAUAUGCAACAUUUUAUAACGCUAUUCCCUUGCUUCAUCUAUUGAACAGUUACAGUUCCAUCAAAUUAAUGUAUAACUAACCUUUCUUUUACAUGUGGUUCCAUGGGUAUUAGUCUGCCAUCAAACAUCAACAAUAAGACAUGUAGCCUAUAGGAUAUUAUAGCUAGCCUACCUCAAAAUAGAUGUUAGCCACUGCUUCAUGAUCCACCACCAACCACAUAAUGCUAAGUUUGAAAAUUAUUUGCUAGGAGAUAGCAAAGCUAGUUGACAUGUUUCACCUAGCUAAGCUACCUAGCUUGAAGACGUGGUAAACAACUAGCUAGCUAUGACGUUGACACAUCAGUCCAAUCAAAGUUACCGAGCGUAAGAUGUUGCUUUAUCUGUGGCCAAUGGCAAUGAGCCUUCUUGGGCGGGCACUUCCACUGUAAAUCAAUGGAGCACCGAAUAAGGGCUUUUGAUGGCUAGCUCUCCCAGCAGGUGCUGCGGUGAAGUAGUGUCCCCAUGAGUGACCAGACCCUCAGCCAAUUACGCGCAACCAGAGAAGUUCAACGACGCCAGCGCUCUGUACUUUCUUUGUCUGCCUCUCCACCACAGAAAGCACUGAGCGAGGCUGGAACAGUUGCAUUUUGGAGCUGCCUGACUAAACGAAAAUGUACCAAUACAAUGAGAAAGCGACCACAUACUUAUUAGAUCAAGCAAUUUUUUAAAAUACAAUUAAAUUGUUUGCUUACUGAUAUGCUAUAUUGUUGUGACAUGAAUUAUCAGGAUUGAAUGCAAAUCUCCUGGAUAUUGGUGGGCCCGGCCCAAGUGACGCAUUGUCACUGCCAAUAACGUGUAGUCAAUUAUGGUCAAUUAAUCACCCCUUGCACAUUUGACUUUUAACAAACUCACUGUGUGUGUGUGUGUGUGUGUGUUCCAGUGUGGUUCUACUUUGGCGUGGUGGGUUCCUUCAUCUUCAUCAUCAUCCAGCUGAUCCUGCUGGUGGACUUUUCUCACACCUGGAACCAGUCUUGGCUGGAGAAUGCUGAGGAGGGAAACAGCAAGUGCUGGUUUGCAGGUACUGAUCGUUAAUACAGUCUACUGAUUGAAAUGAGUGUAGUCUAUCUCAUUUAAAUUCUGCCACAAGAGUCGCUAGAGCGUGAUGGGACAAGGACAUCACGGCCUGCAAAACCCUCCCCUAACCCGGACGACACUGGGCCAAUUGUGCGCCGCUUCAUGGGUCUCCCGGUUGCGGCCGGCUGUGAAACAGCCUGGGAUCGAACCCGGGUCUGUAGUGACGCCUCUAGCACUGCGAUGCAGUGCCUUAGACCGCUGUGCCACUCGGGAAGCCAUAAUCGGAUGUGUUCUUAUGUUUCCCCUCCCACAGCUCUCCUGUCGUUCACUGUGCUGCACUAUGCCCUGGCCUUCUCUGCUGUGGUGUUGUUCUAUGUCUACUACACCACAGGAGAUGACUGCACAGAACACAAGGUCUUCAUCAGCCUCAACUUCAUCUUCUGCAUCAUCAUCUCCAUCAUUGCCAUCCUGCCCAAAGUUCAGGUGAUGUUUCAGUCUCGAAAGAUUGAUACCUGCACACUGAAAGUUCCCAUAGUUUUAUUGAGUACGAUGUUUCUUUGCAGGCUGUUUCAGUCUUGUUCCUCACUCUUUGAAAUACAUACACAUACUGAAGUUCAUUCAGGAGUGUAAAUAUUAGCGAUGUUUGCAAUUAUUAAAGAUCAUCAAAAUGUUAACGCUGCAAUAUGUAACUACAAUAUGUAACUGAGUUAUAGAUCUGUCAUUCUCAUUGAAAGCAAGUCUAACAAGAGGUAGAUCUGUUCUAUGUGCUAUUUCUAUGCUUUCCGUUCUUAAGUUUUGUUUUUGUCUUUUACUUUAGGUUUUGUACACCAGCUUCAAGCAGCUGAAAAUACAAUAUUUUUGGUCAUGGAAAUAUUUCAGUCGUUUAGAUGGUACAAGGACUUUCUACACAAUGACUGCUUGUUUGGUCACAAACUGAAAUUAGGCGAACUAGUUGAAUUUUAGCAACCAGGGAAUGGCGGCGCAAUUUCUGCAUAUUGCACCUUCUAAACAAUGAGUGAAUUAUUUUUUAAUGUGAAUGUUGUUGAACAAAAUUAGACUAAUGUGUUUUGUGUGUCUGUGUCUUGUUUAUUUACUUAUUUAUGUAUUUAUUUUCCCCCAGGAGGCCCAGCCCAGCUCAGGCCUGCUCCAGGCCUCCCUCAUCUCCCUCUACACCAUGUAUGUCACAUGGUCCGCCAUGACCAACAACCCCAGUAAGUUUCAUCAUGACCCUACUGAUGACCCUGUUCAGCCAUUGGUUCAGAGUCAUGGUUCACAAUGCUCGUAACCCUGACCCACAUGGCUGCAUACUGACUCAUGUAAAUCACUUAAUGGGAAGUCUGCAACAAAGACUUUAUGUGAAGAACCAUAUUCUACCCGAAAGAUCAACUUGGGUCAGUGAUCACUUCAUCCAACAUUAGAUGAGUUGCAGCCAAAAAUCACAAGAGAAAUAGAAAAAUAAACGUGACUCUAGCUCAUAAUUAAAAGCUGAUGAUUUGUAGUUUUAUUUAGGUUAAAAGCAUAACAUUUUGGCCUUCAAUAGCCUUCAUCAGAUUGGCAAUAUUCUAUCUCUCUCCCUACAGACCGUAAGUGUAACCCCAGCCUGCUGAGUCUGGUGAACAACACCUCAGCCCUACACCUGCCCCAGGGCAAGAUGUCCAGUGGUGGGAUGCACAGGGCAUCAUAGGACUGGUCAUCUUCUUCUUCUGCACUCUCUACGCCAGGUAUGACAUCACAACCUAGAGUAGGGUUCUCUCCAAUCCUGGGGACCCACAGGACAGGACCGGGCACUCUUUGUAGCAGCCCAGACCAGAGACGCCUGAUCUAAGUACUGGGCUAGAUUAAACAUGUGCAAGCCUGUGGAUCCUCAGGACUGGAUUUGAGAAACACUGGUUCAGAGCUCUGUUUCAAAUGAAAUCCAGACUAUUCAAGCCUGUCCACGUCAUCACUUCUCUGUUUUCCUAACGGGUUUCCUGCUCUUUCCUACUCCUCGCCUGCAGCAUCCGUUCGUCCAACAACACCCAGGUGAACAGGCUGAUGCAGACAGAGGAGGGCCAGGGUCUGGCUGCAGACGACCACGAGGCGGCCACGGGGGAUGACGGAGUCAGACGGGCCGUGGACAAUGAGGAAGAUGCGGUCACCUACUCGUACUCCUUCUUCCACUUCAGCCUGUUCCUGGCCUCCCUCUACAUCAUGAUGACACUCACAAACUGGUACCAGUAAGUAGCUCUGUUUUCUUUGGUUAUAUCUGAGGGGAUAGAGGAACAGGGAUGUGUACAGGUAUAACUGAGGUGAUUCACGUUGUUCGACGCCUGGACACAUGCGUCAGCUCCCCGACUUAAUGCCUGGGCUUUAGGUCAGCAGGCUAAGAGUCUUGUGGGACUCAGACGACCCAAUUUCAAACCAUCACACAUGGUCUACUAUGUGUUUUUGAGAUGGUAAAUAAAAUGUGAUUGAUCCUGAUUUCUCCCCAGACCUGACGCAGACUACCAGGCCAUGCAGAGCAGUAUGCCAGCUGUGUGGGUGAAGAUUAGCUCUAGCUGGAUAGGCCUGUGUCUCUACCUCUGGACCCUGGUAGCUCCUCUCAUCUUCUCUAACCGAGACUUCAACUAAAGGCAUACACAUUCCAUCCAGGGCUAAGUCCCAAAUGGCACCCCUAUUCCCAAGUAGGAAUAGGGUGGGUGUCUUUUCAGAUUUGCUAAGGGACUUUAUUGUUUGGCAUGUUUUGAUUUACAUAUUUUCAUUGUGCUGCUUGAAGAAGGGGACCACUGUCAUAAUUAUUAUUAUUUUUUAUUUUUUUUGGGGGGGGGCUGGUCUCAUUGACUAGACAUAACAUAGUAAACGAAUGUCCGGGACACUCAAAUAAGUAUUAUAUGCAACGUUUGGUAUGGUUAUAUAAAACAGGUUACUUAAGGCAAAAACGAAAGGAGGGUGGUUGGACGGGGUGGAUGGGUGGGCGAAUCUCAUCACUGACAACUUUAGCAUUUUAGCUAAUUGGCAACUUUGCAACUACUUAAUACUUUUUAGCUACUUUGCAACUACUUAGCAUGCUAGCUAC